AUGUCAAACUCGACAGUCCCCGCCGAACCACGGCGUGGUGCGCGUGCUCGCAAGCAAGUAGAUCGCUUUGCGCCGCAGAACGGCAAGACGCGUCAUGAUGGAGAUGACAGCGAUCUAUCUGAACUUACUGAGAGUGAAGAUGAGCGGCCACAACCGCGUAAGCGCAAGGCGAACGGGGGGACACGCGCGCCGCGGCCACCAAAACGGCCCAAGGCGCCGAAGACGGUGCCGGCGUCCGAUCUCGAGCCCAUCGAGGGCUUAAAGAAUGACUCUUCGCUCUUCAACGCGUUGCUACAGCCCGACGUCGCGCUCGAACCGCUCGUUGACGACUGGGUGCACGCCUACCAGGGAGCAACGGACGAUGCCGCUGCCGAGAAGUCGGCGGUCCAUGAGCUCGUCCUCUUCCUCAUUCGAGCCUGCGGGCUCUCAGCCGACGUGGACGAGGACGAAGCCGUCGACCUGGAUGGAACAGGCGAGGCUAUCGACCGUAUCCAGGAGGAGAGCGUCAAGAACAACACCGCAACUUAUCCCCUAAUCGCCAAGGUCAAGCAGCUGCGGGCGUUCAAGCCCAACCUCUCGAGUGUAGUCCACCACCUCAUCGAGUCGCUCAAGCUGUCCGGCUUGAUUUACGAGGACAACGGAUCCACCAAGCACUCCCAGGCGAUCAUGCCUCUCAUCCUCGCAUGGCUUGGCUCCAUGUCAUCCUCUCCACUCCGCUCCAUCCGCCACACGUCCACUUUCAUCGGCCUCAAGGUCCACUCUGCUUUGUGCGAUGCUGCAGCGCAGGUCAACAAGGACCUCAGUGUCAAGCAGCGACAGAAGGAAGCGGAAGCGAAGAAGAGUGGCCAAGCCGCCAAGAAGCGCGCAAAGAAUGCGGAGAACAAGGUCAAGGAGUCACACGCCCAGAAGGUCCGCUUGGAAGAGCACAUGAAGGAGAUCUUCGACGUCAUCUUCAUUCACCGUCUACGUGACACCGACCCGGCCAUCCGUACCGCUUGCGUGCACGAGCUCGGGAUCUGGGUAAAGAAAUACCCAGAGAAGUACGCGACCAACACCUACCUCAAUUACUUUGUACGCGGGUCCAAUGAUCCAGACGGCGGGGCGCGUCUCGAGACGGUCAAGGCGCUUACGGGUCUGUUCUCCAACGUGUCGCUCGCGAACAACGCAAGUUCGUUUACGUUGCGCUUAGCGCCGCGCCUCAUCAAGAUGGCGUCACUCGACGUCGAGACACCAGUUCGCACCAAUGCCAUCAACGCCAUCACCCUCAUCGACAAGACAGGGGCUCUUCAGGAUGAGAUGGAGGAGGACCGGGAGAAGGUCGCGCGCCUCAUAUUCGACAAGGAGCCGCGAGUGCGCAAGGCGGCGGCAGGAUUCGUCCAGAACCUCUGGGACGAGCGUGCCGAGCAUCUGCAGGCGGAAUGGAAGUCGCUCCGAGCAGGGAAGAAGAAGCGAGCGGCCGAUGUCAAGGAAGACGAGCUCGACGAGAGACUACGCUGGAAGACCCUCGCGGCCCUCCUUGUACAGACGGCUCACGGACUCACCGACCAACCAGAUGAAGACAGCCCAUCCCAAGCUGACCUCACUUCCGUUCCAGACACCGACGCCAUAACGCGUGCCGAAGCGGCUGCGGAUGGCCUUUGGCCCCAGCUCUCGGAUCAGCAAGAGGAGCUGGCCGACUACCUUCUCCUGGACCACUCGACGCAUGAGCAGGACAUGUGGCUCCUCACGGAGGAGGAGGAGGACUUCAUGCUCGGCAUGCUCAUAGCCUGCAUCAAGAAGGAAGACGAGGAGGAUGACGAGAAGACCAAAUCCCUCAUGGGCAUCCUCCCACGGCUGUUCACUAAGCACCAGUCCGAACCGUCCCGCAUCGGGGGUAUUCUCUCGAUCCCGGAGCACAUGAACCUGCAGCUCUACCUUGACAUGCGCAAGACGCCCGCGUAUGAGGCGCUGUGGACCGACGUGACCAACCAGUUCCUCAAGCACACGGACGGCAACGUUCUCCAGGCUGCGAUCCGUGCGAUCAACAAGCUGGUCGAGAACUCGACAAUGGACUCGACAAACACGUCUAAACUCGCCGAGCUCGAGGAGGCCGUCUUUUCCUCGCUCCGCGACGCGAUCAACGGCGAGGACGUGUUCAGCAUGCAGCUGGACGACGACGCGGCGAUACUAGUCGAAGCCAUCCUCCUGCGCGUGUCCCUGCUGGGCCGGAGUCGCGACAUCACGUCAGCCAUGACGGAUGAGGAGGGCGGCCAGAGCAGCGGCUGGGCAAUCGUCAGCGAGUUCGCUAAGCGGGGUGGUCUUGGGUUUAAGCAGGAGGCUAAGCUCGUUGCCUCGGCCAUCAAGAUUCUGUUGAUACAGGUCGGAUGGCUCAUCCGGAGAUUCAGCGCCGAAGAUGCUGAAGACGAGGACAAAGUCGCCACAUUGCGAGAGCGCCAGCAGGAGGCCUUCGAGAUCUUCGAGAAGUAUGGCAUCGGCGGUGGGCGAGCGACAGAGAGUGUCCGGCGCGAGGCUUUCCAGGCGUUCAUUUACCUACACACGCUCUUCGCGCCUAGGGCCGCCCAGAUGGGACACACUGCUGCCAAGGCAUGUCCUCUCGAGAUGACGUCCGACCGUCAACACAAGCUGGGUGGCGCGUUCCAGGCCGCGGUUGAACGGUACGCUUCCGAUCUUGAAGAGGACGAGGACGAGGACGACCUGAGCUUCACGGCGGCCCAGCGUGACAUCUUCUUCCUCGAGCUGGUAGCUGCAUUCGUCAGCGCUCUGUGCAUCGGUGUCAUCGACGUCGAGCAGGCCAAGGAGCCCUUGACGCACUACGGCCGCUUCGGUGCGACGUAUGACCAGCUCGUCAAGCGGCUUGUGGAUGUUCUCCGCGAUGAGGGCAUCUACAACGGCGAAGCGACAACCGUACAACACGUCGUCAGCGAGGCUCUCCAGAACUCGUUCAGCAUCUUCCUCGACAGUAACGACGACGCGGAACCAGAAGCGACGAUGGCUCUCGCACGACUUGGCGCUCAAGCCUUCAUCGUUCCUGGCCUCCACUUUACCGUGGUCAAGCAGAUCCACCCCGACGACGUGUAUGAUCUGCACGUGCAGAACCUUGACUGGGUUUUCAAGAAGGUUACGACGUUGAACAAGCAAUUGGCGGCGAGCAAGGACAACAAGGCUCGCCUGAUCAAGCAGCGAGCCCGAGUCCUCAUGUACCUGAAGCCGCUGGCGCUGCUUCUCGGCCCUGUCACUGGGCGUGACGCCCUUCGCAUUCGGGACCAUCUCGAGAAGCUGGUCGACGACUGCGGCGAUUCAACCUCUGUGCGCUCGACAGCGAUGUACCGUGGCUACGAGAAGCGCCUAGUCACGAUCGCAGGGAAGGACACGGGCCUCAAGGUGGCAACCAAGAAGGCCGCCUCGAAACCCUCGUCCAAGAGCCGCGACGUUGUCGAGGACAGCGACGAGGAGAGGAACGAACCAGAGACUGCCAACGGUCGGCACAAAGACUCUGACGAUGCCCAUGAGCAGGAGGAGCCAGAGGAGGCCGAGACGCCUGAAGAGGAGGCUGACCCUGAAGAACUGGAAGAGAAUGAGGAGAAUGGCGAGGACGAGCGUGAGGACGUCGAUCUGGAGGCAGACGCGGACGCUGGGAUGGACGUUGAUGAGGACGAGGACAUGGAAGCAACGCCAACAAAGGCGUCACAGGUCGAGGAUAGGACACCCAAGAGGCGUCGAGACAACUCAAGCCUGCCAGACCUAGAGCUCGAUCCUGGUGUCAUCCAUGCCGAUGAGAUCGACUUGGCGUUCACAGACCUGCCCGAUGAGCGUGAACGGUCGCGAAGCCGCAGCUUGUCCGUUGAACCGACGGCGAAGCGUCGCAAGACGACCAAGCGUUAUUAG